AUGACACCAAACCGUUGGAUUGAUCUAAUGCACAAAUUUAAUAAAACUGCACAAUUCAUUGUGUCAGAUUCCAGAGCUCAUCUGGACCGUGAUAUGUUUGCUAUAAUGUCAGGCCCAACACUUGCGGCUAUUUCUGUGGUAUUUGAUCAUGCAGAAUUUGAAGAUGUAUACCAAACAUGUACUGAUGGAUACUUAGCUGUUGCAAAGGUUUCUGCAUGCCACCAUCUUGAAGAUGUUCUGGAUGACUUGGUGGUGUCUCUUUGCAAGUUCACGACCCUGUUGAACCCGUCUUCUGUUGAGGAACCUGUUUUAGACUUCGGUGAUGACACAAAAUCUAGGAUGGCAACUGAAAUAGUUUUACCAUUGCAAAUAGCUCACAUGACAUCCAUGGGUAAUCCAAGGAGAUCUUCUGGACUGAUGGGUCGGUUCAGUCCGCUCUUAUCUCUCGAUACAGAGGAACCAAGAUUGCAACCGACUGAACAGCAACUAGCUGCUCAUCAACGCACCUUUCAGACAAUUCAGAAGUGCCACAUUGACCGUAUUUUCACCGAGGAUAGAAUUGGGCUACUCUGGCAUGUGUACGAGCAGACAUCCAACAUUUUUCAGUCAACUGUGAUGCCCUGUGCCCUGGAUGAGAAGGCUGUUUUUGGAUUACUACGGAUUUGCCAGCGGUUGCUUCCCUAUAAAUAG